GUAAAAUAAAACUAAAACAAAGCUUUGUAAUUUAUAUUAUAAUAAUAUUCUUCAAGUUCCAAACUUGAGAAGACUUUGUCUUGGGGCGCUCAUGACCGUCCGAUAAGCGCAAGAUCAAUCCUGAUCAGGAAAUCUCCACCGUCCGAUGCUUUCUCGGAUACUGUCGUCUCGACCUCGUCUUCAAGAAAGGAAAGAAGAGAACGAGCCGGCGAUUGCUCGCAUGCUCGUGCUUUCGUCUUCAUCGCGAUCGCUCCCAAACCCUAGCUUUGCAUCGCAUUCACGCCAUCACGAACCAUCGGAAGGGACGGAGAAGGUGGCGCAUAGAGGAUAGGAUCGCCGCCAUGUUCGCCAAACGCCUUUUUCAGAAGUCCGCUUCGCAGAGUGGUUCCAAGAUCUUGUCGGACCUGGACCUGGAAAUCGCUGCUCACUAUGGCGUCCCUUAUACGGCUUCGGUUUUGGCGUUUGAUCCCAUUCAGAGACUCUUGGCAAUCGGAACAUUGGAUGGCAGGAUCAAAAUAAUUGGAGGUGAUAAUAUUGAGGGCCUUCUUAUAUCCCCCAAAAAGUUGCCCUUCAAAAAUUUGGAGUUCUUACACAAUCAAGGAUUUCUUGUGGGUGUCUCUAAUGAGAAUGAUAUUCAGGUUUGGGAUUUGGAAUGCAGGUGCUUGCGUGAAUGCUUGCAGUGGGAAUCCAACAUUACCGCCUUUUCUACAAUCCAGGGGACAUGCUUGAUGUACGUUGGUGAUGAUAGUGGGUUGAUUUCUGUAUUAAAAUACAAUCCUGAAGAAGGAAAACUUUUGAGCUUACCAUAUCAGAUCACAUCAGAUGCUUUGAAUGAAGCAGCUGGCAUUUCCUUUUCCAGUCAGCAAGCGAUUGUGGGAAUUCUACCGCAAACAUAUACUUUUGGGACUAGGGUGUUGGUUGCAUAUGAAAAUGGGGUCAUCAUUCUUUGGGAUGUUUCUGAGUGCCGAGUAGUUACUGUUAGAGGAUACACAGAGUUGCAACUGAAAGAUAAAGGAACUGUUGGUACUACAGCUGAAGUUGGGGAUGAACAGCAAGACAGUGUACCUGAGCAUGGGGCUCAUGAAAGAGAAAUAUGCUCUCUCUGCUGGGCAUCUGACACUGGUUCCAUCCUUGCUGUUGGCUACAUAAAUGGUGAUAUAUUGUUAUGGAACAUUUCUGCAAAGUCCUCUACUAAAGAGCAACAAGCUGGGAUAUCAACUAAUGAUGUUGUUAAGCUGCAGUUGGCUUCUGGAGAUCGUAGGCUCCCUGUCAUUAUCCUUCACUGGUCCAAUAAUUGUAAACCAAAUAAUGAUAAAGGAGGGCAACUAUUUAUUUAUGGUGGUGAUGAAAUGGGCUCUGAUGAAGUUCUAACGGUUUUAAGUCUUGAGUGGUCCUCUGGAAUAGAGAAUUUAAGAUGCAUCUCUCGUGCAGACCUAAACCUUGACGGAUCUUUCGCUGACAUGAUCCUCAUACCAAAACCAGGUGCUCUGGGGAGGGCUUCAACUGCUGCCCUUUUCAUCUUGACAAAUCCAGGGCAAUUAAAUGUUUAUGAUGGUGAUUUAUUAUCCAAUUUAAAAUCUGAGGAUGGAAAACCUUCUCAGCAAUUUGAGAAAUUUCCUACUGUAGUUCCUACUAUAGAUCCGUUGUUGACUGUUGCAAAGCUCUGUUGGUUGGCUAUCGGCAGUUCUAAUGCUUUCAUAGAGAAGGCCUCUGCAAGGGGAACUGGAGCAACAUCUUCCUUGUCUGCUGGUACUAAGUGGCCUUUGACUGGCGGGGUUCCUAAUGAGUUGGCUUUUCCAAAAGAAAAUGGGAUUGCGAGACUUUAUAUAGCAGGUUAUCAAGAUGGGUCUGUGAGGAUAUGGGAUGCGACAAGUCCUGUACUGUCACUAAUGUUUGUAUUUGAGGCCAAAGUCUCAAAUAUUGAGCUCGAAGGUCAGAAUUCCUCGGUAUCUGCUCUGGAAUUUUGUUCGAAAAGUAUGACCUUGGCUGUUGGGAAUGAAUUUGGUCUGGUUCGGGUUUAUAAGCUUCAAGAUGGUAUUGAUCAGUCAAGUUUUCACUUUGUGAGUGAAACUAAACAUGAAGUUCACAAAGUGCAGCAAGGGAAUGGAGUACAUUGUUUUGCAGCAUUUUUUAUUCUAAAUUCACCCAUUCGAGCCCUUCACUUCGUAAAUUCUGGAGACAGAUUUGCUGUUGGAUAUGAAAAUGGUCAGGUGUCGAUGCUUGAUAUAAGUUCAAUGUCAGUAAUCUUUCGUACAGGCUGCUUAUCGGGCACAAAUUCUCCUGUAAUUUCUAUUACUACUCAUCUUACUCCACAAUCAAGUGUUAUUCUGCAUAGUCCGAAACAAUCAAGUCCCGAAAGUGCAAAGGUCCACUCAGAGGAAGUAGUGUACGUCUUAACAAAGGAUGCACGUGUUGUCAUGGUUGAUAGCAUAACUGGUAGCAUGAUUAACUUACGCCCAAUGCACCCCAGAAAGGAGUCUGCUGCGAUUUCCAUGUAUGUCCUAGAUGAAAGUGAUGCACCCUUGGAAGCAGUGAGUGAAAAGAACGUGGCAAAUAUUUCCACUGAUAACCCAGUCCAGAAUGAAAGCAAACAAAGCAAUAAUCCGAGUGGAAUCAAAACACAUGAAUCUGAGCACCAUUUCUCAAGUGAUGCCUCAUAUGUUUUACUCUGUUGUGAGAAUGCGUUGCGGUUGUAUCCGCUAAAGUCAGUGACAGGGGGACACCAACUUCAUUCGAAGGUAAACCUUGAAAAGAACUGCUGUUGGACAACAUUGUUCAAGAUGAGAGAUGAAAAGGCAUGUGGACUUAUUCUACUUUAUCAGACUGGAGUAAUAGAGAUAAGAUCUUUGCCAGAUUUAGAGGUACUGGGAGAAAACUCCUUGAUGUCAACUCUACGAUGGAGCUUCAAGGCAAACAUGGAAAAAACAAUGAGUUCCUAUGAUUUUGGGCAGAUUGCUUUGGUGAAUGGAUGUGAAGUUGCUUUUCUCUCUCUUUUGGCUUGUGAGAAUGAUUUCAGAAUUCCAGAUUCUUUGCCAUGCCUUCAUGAUAAAGUUGUGGCAGCUGCUGCUGAUGCUGCGAUUGGGAUUUCUUCACAUCAGAAGAAGAAACAGGACACAACCCAUGGGAUCCUUGGCCUGAUUAAAGGACUUAAAAGUGCUAAAGCGGAGAAAGCUAAUGUUGCUGGUAAUUCUGUGAGGCCAAUUUCGACACAGCAAUUGGAAGAAAUUUUUGCAAGAACUCCAUUCUCAGACCCCACAAUUCCCAGUGUCAGCAAUCUUGAAGCAACUGAACUGAGCAUCGAUGACAUCGAGAUUGAUGAUGCUUUGCCUGCAACAUCCACCACUUCAUCUGUAAUAAAUAAGAAUAAAGCAAGAGAUGAGGACAUGGAGAGAGAAAAAUUGUUUCAAGGAGGAUCAACUGACGCAAAACCACGCGUGAGAACAACUCAAGAAAUUCUAACUCAAUAUCGUUUCAAUGGGGAUGCGGCGGCUGCUGCUGCUCAUGCAAAAGACAAGCUUGUUCAACGGCAAGAGAAACUUGAGAGAUUGAGCAAACGAACUGAAGAGCUGCAGAGUGGAGCUGAGAAUUUUGCUGAAAUGGCCAAUGAACUUGUGAAGACAAUGGAAAAUAAGAAAUGGUGGAAAUUAUGAUAUAAAUAUGACAACUUCUCCAUAUUCGUUAAAUCUAGUCACUAUACAGUAUUUCAGUAUACAUUUCUUUCAAUCCCCGACAAUGCGAAUACUGGAAGGAUAUAAGCAAAUGAAAGAAUCAAAUUUGAGAUUACAAAGGCCUAAAGAUAUGUCAACUAUCCCCAUCUUUCUUUGUGGUUAUUGUAUCAUAGAAUGAAACAGUACAAUAAUUAGGUUGAUUUGCAUGAUAUAAUACAUGAUGAUUCUUGUUUAUCAUGAACCCGAUAUUGUAUUAUUUUGCAUCUUGUUGCAUUUUGUGUUUGUCUUUC